UUCUCACUCCAUUGAUAUCUACCUCACAAAAUAGUCGUUAACACAGGUAAGGUUACACGGCAUUGCUUAAACAGGACAUCCAGUCUGAAACCCAGUCUUGUCACAAGCGAAGAUACAGGCGCCUGCUGGAACAGGGUACCAAUCUAGGCCAGAAACCAACCACAAGAGACCCCGAGCUUAUAACCUAACGUCUAAUUCUACAAGAAUUUGACCGUUCAACACCUUAGCAUAGCAGACUGAAGACAUGGCGGCUGUUAUAGGCUACUGGAAACUGGAGAAGAAUGACGAACGCUGGGACGAGUACAUGAAGACUAUCGGGGUCAACUUCGUGCUUCGUAAAGUGGGAAAUACCCUUACAAGCUAUGAAGAGAUAGUGCAAGAUGGUGAAAAGUGGGAAAUUCACAUGACGUCCACAUUUAAAAACAAUCAUCUGUCGUUUAAAAUUGGAGAAGAGUUUGAUGAAGUAACGCCCGACGGAAGAAACUGUAAGUCAACGUUCAUGAUCGAAGAUGAUGCUCUUGUUCACUACCAGAAAGGAAUUAAAGCCGGUGACGUCAACUCGAAAGUAACGAGGGCAAAAGUGGAUGAGGAUACCAUGACAGUUACAUUUAUUGCCGAGGGAAAGAACGUUACAUCUAUGCGAACAUACAAGAAGCAUCCCAAACCGUGAAACGGAAAAAAACGACAAGAAUCGUUAGAAAGAAGAUACUGUCGUGUCGCCAGAAUUGACGAAGAUGAUAAUAAACUACUUACCAUGUGUUUGUAAAAAGUUUGAGCGGAAGUGUGUGAAUUCAUAAAUGAAGGUUUUAAAACUUUUCUAUAUGAAGCUCGGAGUCCAUGAGUGUAACCAACCAUGGCUUGUGUUAACUGUAGUGAAGAGGUGCCAAAAUGCCGACAGACAAAUGUGAGAUGUGUGUGAUACCCGUGCUGAGUCACUGUUGAUUGCAUUCAAUUACUGAUUAUGAUAUAAUUAACGUUGGACGUGAAAGAACGUGUGAUUACACGGUGUAUGUUAAACAUUAGGACUGGGAAAUUUCACAACUUGAAUAAUCAAAACAUUUAACUUUAUAGUUCAAGUAUUUUUACUAGAGUUAAAGAAGUACAAUUCCAAGUAGGCAUUUAAGACUUCACUAGAAUAACAAAGGGGGAUUGGAUUUUCCGGACAGUUCAGUUCAUAAAACUUAUCUAUGUAGAUUCUGGGGGAAAAGGAUAUUGGUUUGUUUUUUGAUGAAUACAAAUAAAUAACAGUCAGAAAUG